AUGUUAAGACACCACAACACGCCGUGUUGGUCCAUUAAACUUCGUGUUUCUUCAAAUCUAGACAUGCCGUGUUGGUUCUUCCACCACACCGUGUUGGUUCCUCCAACACGCCGUGUCCAACCUUCAAAAGAGGAUUUUACUCUCAACUAUUGCUCCUCAAGAUUCUGGGUGUUACAUGUUAGUGAAGAGGAAUUUGUUGAGAAUACACCACCAAUUAAUUUAGUUGACAAUUCGGAAAAAGAUGAUCAAGCAACUCUUAAUAAAAGAAAAAGAACAAGUGCUAAAGAAAAAACGAGUGGCAAAAGAAAAACUAGUGGCAAAGAAACAUCCUCUUGUUAG